AUGACGGUAUGCAAGAAAAUUCAACUCGUAAUUGUGGGGAUGGGUUUAAUAGGGCCUCGUCAUGCGGCCCAUGUCAUAAGCAACCCUGAUACAGAAUUAUUUGCAGUGAUAGAUCCUAGUGAGACUGGUGAAAAAGCAGCAAAGGCUCUUAAUGCGAGGUAUAUGAAAUCGAUUAGCAGAAUGAUAGAGUACUGCCACUCAAAUGCAGUUCCUUAUCCAGACGGGGCCAUAGUAUGUACUCCCAGUGCCACUCACGUAAAGAUCGCUGCAGAAUUAGCAUCUUAUAAGAUAAACUUACUAGUAGAGAAGCCUUUGUCUUCUAGCGUCGAGGACUCCAUGGCGUUGAGAGAGUAUGCGACACAGCAGGGUAUUGCGCUAUUAGUUGGUCAUCAUAGGAGGUUCAAUCCAUUUAUCAUUGAAACCAAAAAUAAUUUGAAAGAGGUCGGCAACAUCGUAGCGGUACAGGGAACUUGGGCUUUGCAAAAAAAUGACUCUUAUUUCGAAGCUUCGCCCUGGAGAAUUGAACAGAAAAAAGGCGGAGGAGUGAUCUUAAUUAACUUAGUUCAUGAUAUAGAUAUAUUACAGUAUCUUUUUGGUCCAGUUGACGAAGUCUAUGCAUCUUUACUAGUGAAGCAACGUCUCGAAUUCCCCAAUGCUGACGAAGGUGCUGCAUUAGUCCUAAAAUUUAAAAGCGGUGUAUGUGGAACAUUCAUAUGUUCUGAUAAUGUUGUAUCGCCUUUCAAUUUUGAAUCGGGGACAGGCGAAAACCCUACUGUUCCAUUUCAUGAGGGUUUAGAAGGAUUCUAUAGAGUUUUUGGUUCCAAAGGUACUUUGUCAAUCCCUGAUCUAAACUUAUAUCACCAGAAAACCGGCGGACAAGGAUGGCUAUCUCCAGUAAUUAAGGAAUCCUUGAUCUCAAGUAAGGACUCGGAUUUGAGGCUCAAAUUACCAUUUGACCUUCAGUUAAAUCAUUUCGUUGAUGUUAUAAGGAAAGAGUCAGAGCCCCAAUGCAACGCUGAUGAUGGAAUAUCUGCAAUACUUUGUGUUGAAGCAGUGACCAGGUCCAUUGAGACAGGACUUCUACAGAAGGUUCAAGAUAUCAACAGUGUUAAACCAAAUUUCAAUUCCUUAAAAUGA